AUGGGUGUACGCAAUCUCUUUAACAAGCCUUUACACUUUGAAUAUUCAUUGGCAUUGUUUGCCUUGUGGAAAUUGCUUAGACUUUACGCUUUAUCUAAACAAUUAUGUUUAGUAGCUAAGGAGUUGGCCGGAGAGAAGAAAGUUGUUACAACAUUGGCAAGAAAGGAUGAUGAAAAUUACAAGAAAACUUUGGCUCUUCUUAAACCAUAUUUAACUUCUGCAGCCUACCACAAAACCUUGGAGUACGCUAAAGACAAACUCAAGUUGGAGUUUUUGUUUGAAGCUUUUCACCUGGUAGUAGGAACAUUUUUCUGUUUGUCCAAGAAGCACGGAUUAAAGUCUAAGACCAAGUUUGCAUUUUUGAAACAAUGCUUUGGUUCAUACUUAUUUUAUGUUUUACAUUACACUCUGUUUGUUUCAGGUUUGACAUAUUUGAGUAAGCUUCCAAAAGAACAAUACCACCUGAACGUUGUUUUAUUCUUGGUUGCACUGGCAUUGGUUUAUGUAUGGCUUGCUCCAUUAUAUUUAAACCUGUUCUAUAAAAGUCGUCACUUGCAUGACCCAGAACUUAAGAAGGAAGUUGACUUGAUGGGUAAAAAACUCGGAGUUUCACAUAAAAACCUGAAGGUACUUUCUUCAGAUGAAGUCAGUGAUUUGGUUUGCUUGUCUUGGGGACUUGGGAAGUUAAGAUGGCUAUAUUUGAAUGAAUCUUAUGUCAACCUGGGAAAACCCUCUGCUCUUGCACUGGUCGCUCACGGUUUAGGGCACUUCAGACAUCAUCAUUUUCUGAAAGUCCUUGUACUCAAGGUUUUGAAACUUGUCCUAUUUGUGUUUGCUUUCCAUCACUUCAAGGGACACAACAACCUAUUCAAGAGCUUCGGAACGCACUCAGUAUCGGCAUUGGCACUUAGACUCGAUACUUUUGCCGUAUCAGCUUUAUUAUAUAAAGUUUUCUUCUUUGCUUUGAAAAAUGUUUAUUGCCAUUUUGCAGAAUUCCAAGCUGACAGAUAUGCCGUCAAACAAGGACACGGAGAUGAACUGGUAAAUUUCUGGACUACGGUAUACAGGGAGAAAAAAUGGUUUUUCAAUGUAGACCCAUUGUACGGUCCCCUAUUUAAUGAAAGACCAUCUCUCUUCGAAAGAGUUUAUGCCGUCUAUGAUGCAACUGUGCCAGCAAAGCCUGCUACUUAA